AUGGCGAGCGCUACAGGCGUACCGGAACGUGUCGCGAGCAAUGGCGGCGUAGCUCACCAUCACGCCGAGACAGAGCCACUGCUUGGACGCCCAGGAGAUGUUGCCCAGGCGGACGGUGGUUCGUUCAUCAAGAACCUUUACAUUGGCACUGCUGCCAUCGCACAGAUUUCAACCCUCCUGCUCGUAGUCCUCAUCUGGGCCAGCGUGCUCACCAAGCCUCUGAUCCUCUUCUCGGGCCACCCCCUGGCGCAAUCCCUCGCCAUCCUGACCCUCGUCCAGUCCAUCUUGCUGCUUCAGCCUACCCACACCGCCGAGCAGAAGAGGCUUGGGCAGCGGUUCCACGCGUCGCUCAACCUGGCAGCCUUCCUCUUCCUCGUCACCGGCGUGACCAUCAUCGAGUACAACAAGCUCAUCAGCAACGGAGCCCACUUCCACUCCGUCCACGGUUAUCUGGGCGUCAUCUCGUCCUUCGUCCUCCUCGCACAGUACUUUGUCGGGUUUACGAUAUGGGCUACGCCGCGCCUCUACGGCUCAGUGGACAACGCCAAGUCGAUUUACAAGUAUCACCGCUGGAGCGGGUAUCUGAUCCUCACCUUGCUGCUCGCGACUGUCGUGACCGCUACAGACACGCCAUACAACUACAACGUGCUUAAGAUCCCUCUUUGGGCUGUCUUACUUCUCGCUAUUCUAAUCCUUAUUGGUGUUUAUCCGCGUAUCCAAAAACAAAAGCUUGGUUUGAAGACUGCAGUGGUUGCUUGA